UCCAGCAUCAUACGGCGAUAUGAACAUCACAAAGGUUCGACCACCAAAUGAUAUUUGAACCUAAGAAGGUGAAGGAGAAGCAUUACAAGAAAGAUGGGCGAUAAGAUUCCACUUAUCCACUCUGGCGGCCAAAAGCCAUCACUUCUCUCGUUGUCCCGGAAAGCCAACAAAGAGACAGAGAAACCAGAGGAUGAUAAUCAAGGUCAAGGCCAAAGCUAUGGAACGUAUGAUGGCGGCACUGAUCCUGGUGGUGCUGCUAGCGGCGUCACCACCAGACAGCAGCACAUUCUCUCUCCACCACCCACCACCAACUCUCCACGACAAUCGCCACCCGCGGGCGACAACAGUCAGGAGGAUUCGAGCUCCGGCCUAUCGCCUCAAACUGUCCCUACCUCUGCCACUGUCUCGAACGUCCCACCGUCCACCACAGAUCUCGUUCAAUCGACCCCCUCCUCCACAACUAACUCCUCUGUACUCCCUCCCAGUGUCUCAGAAGCCUCACAUCCCCCCGACUCCACACCGCAGAACAACUACAACAACAACAACAACAACAACAACAACAACAACAACACUUUUCUACAAGGCAACGAGCCUGUUUCCGAUUCAGACGCCAUUGUUCAAGUCUGCCGUCGUCCCGAUCAACGAAAAGCGCCAAAAGACUUAAACAACGACCGUAAAAACUUCAAACAAUCUCCAAAAGCUCAAAGGGCGUCAGGAGCUUCUCAAGGAGACACGCCAAACACUCAUAAUCAAUCGUGCGCACCAAAUUCUCUUUUCGGUGUGUUUAUUCGGACUCUGAACAAACGCCUUUUCUCAGGAAGUGACAGAAGCCAUAAUUCUCUCAAUCCUACAGGUUCUGACGGGGAAUGCACAAGUAGUGAGCGCGACCCAUUGUACCCAGACAGGAUGGAGCAGAAGAAUGGACACUACCUGGACACUGGACUCGAUGGCGGGAAAGGAGAAGCUAACGGAUACAGCGGGAAGAAAGAUGAAACCCCAGUUCCCACGCCGUUCUUUGUCUAUUAUUUGGCGUGUUUUGCCACAAUUGGCGGUUUAUUGUUUGGCUAUGACACAGAUCACAAUCAUGAUGGCCUCGGUUGUCUUCGUAAUUGGAGCUGUCAUCAUGGGAGCGGCCAAUUCUAAGGAAAUGUUGCUGGGAGGCCGCUUCGUCGUCGGAAUUGGCAUCGGUAGGUGUGAUUAUCGCCCUUGUUGUUCUGGCGGCUGGCUUCCAGUUGUCCGCUAACUUCUCCCCCUCCCUUGACAAAAACAUCACAGAGAUGUCUGUCAAUGGGAAUCCUUUCGACGACGAAUGUUUCAACGCUAGUUACAGCAGGCCUGGGCCCUAUGCCGUGGACCAUCAACUCCGAGAUCUAUCCUCUGUGGGCUCGCAGUACCUGCAACUCCAUCGCCACAGGUUUCAACUGGAUCUGUAACUUGGUUGUCUCCCUUUUCUUCCUCACACUCACUGAGACUAUCACCAAAUACGG